CAAACCAGAGGUCGACAUUGCAUUAGCUCCACAUACAACCGUUUGUUUUUACAUACUGCGAGUGCAUCGCAUACAAAAUGAAAUUGUUCUUUGUGACCGCGUUCGCAUUGUUCGUCGUGACGAAUGCCGAAUUCAACUGCCCACCGAAAAACGGAUUGUACGAAGACCCGGUUCAGUGCGACAAAUAUUAUGAAUGCACCGACGGCAUAGCAAAAGCAAAACUGUGUUCGGACGGUCUGGUGUUCGACUCUGAAAAAGGCAAAAACGUGUGCGACCAGGCGGUGAACGUGGACUGCGGAAAUCGCACCGAACUGCAGCCGGCCAAAAGGUCCGGUCCCUGUCUGCGUCGCAACGGUUUCUUCCCCCACGAGGAUCCGGCCGUGUGCGACAAAUUCUUCAACUGCAUCGAGGGAGAGUUCACCGAAAUGACCUGCAGUCCCGGUCUGCAUUUCGACGUGUUCUCCGGCACCUGCGUCUGGCCGGACGAGGCCGGAAGGAAGGGUUGCAACGAACAGGGGAAGACGCUGAAGGACGGCUUCCAGUGUCCAAUGGAGGAGCAGAAGACGACGAACGGACGCCGGGCCGUGCAUCCGACCUACCCCCACCCGACGGACUGUCAUAAAUAUUACAUAUGUUUGAAUGGUCAAGAGCCACGCGAAUCGGGAUGUCAAGGUGGUUUGGUUUACAAUAAGGAUUCUCAGAAAUGUGAUGAUAAGAAAAAUGUGGCUGGAUGUUGAGAGCACUUUCACUUAGUCGUGUUUUUUUUUAGUUAUAUUUUCAACGAACUGAAUUAUUUUAUUUGUUUGUAAUGUAAUAGUUUUGUUAAUUAAAAUAUAAAAUGUUGUUCAAGCAUA